UGGAGAUGUAACCUGCCAACCUGAACUGGAGAAACUCCCGCCAUUGUCGUGUUGGGUCACAUCUUCCCCUAAAACAGAGACAAAGCAACUAAAAAGCUUCAAAUCUUGAUAUUCACUGUCGAAAUUCUCCAUUGUACCCCACGUCGCCCACGUUCUUAAAGCCUUCCCAGCUCAAACAUUGGAGGAGAAAGUGAAGAGAAAUAAAGGAACAGCAUAAUGAAAGCCAAAGCAAAAGGCUCCAAUUUGAAGUUGGGCUUACCUUCUUUGAUCUUCUUUUGUUCCCUUUUCUUCUUUGUUGGACUUUAUUUGUCCACUAUCCUCUUUCAGGAUUUGGGCGAUGUACGGCCACGAACGACAGCGAGAAUACUUGAAGAAUCGGUGGCGAAGAACGAAUAUGACCCACUUGAGCAUGGCAAAACUGGGGAAGAUUUCGUUGAGUCAAUCCCGUUUCAGGUCUUAAGUUGGAGGCCACGAGCAGUUUACUUUCCAAACUUCACAAGUGCUGAACUAUGUGAGCGCAUAAUUGACAUGGCAAAAUCAAAACUUCAACCAUCAAAAUUAGCUCUGCGAAAAGGAGAAUCUUCUGAGAGCACCAAGGGCACUAGAACAAGUUCAGGCACAUUCAUUAGUGCAUCAGAAGACAAAACUGGCAUCUUAGACUUAAUUGAGAGCAAAAUUGCUAGGGUUACAAUGCUUCCAAGGACCCAUGGAGAGGCAUUCAACAUUUUGCGGUAUGAGAUAGGCCAAAAAUACGAUGCUCAUUAUGAUGCUUUCAACCCAACUGAAUAUGGCCCUCAACAGAGUCAAAGGGUCGCUUCCUUCUUGUUGUACCUGUCAAACGUAGAAGCAGGAGGAGAAACCAUGUUCCCUUUUGAGGAUGGUACGAACAUUGGUACACGUUAUGAUUAUAAAGAAUGCAUUGGUUUGAAAGUGAAGCCGCGUCAAGGUGAUGGACUUCUUUUUUACUCUCUGCUUCCAGAUGGCUUAAUCGAUAAGACCUCUCUCCAUGGAAGUUGUCCCGUGAUUGAGGGGCAGAAAUGGGUGGCGACAAAGUGGAUUAGAGAUCGAGAACGAGAGCGACACUAGUUGUUUUUCCAUUACUAGCCAUGGUCAUCUUGUGAGAUUUUUAAAUUAGCCUAAUUUAUUAAAAAUAUGUAAAAAAAAAAUUGACUCUAUGUGUAACUGCGUGCAAGAUAAAUCUCGUUUGGAAGUAUGUUUGAAAUUCUUUGACAUAUACCAAUGAGCAUUAGAUCUAAUAGAAAGGACUAGUUUUUUA